AUGGAAAGCGACGCCAGCUAUGGGGAUGCGGGGGAAGCUCGAAGCUUCAGCCUUGGCAUCCCAACGGGCGCAGGUAUGGCUAGAAAGACGAGAUCAGUAAGGAGAGGCUCGAAGAGGAUGAGGGAAGAAACAGAGGCGGACGAAAUUCGAGUCGGAGACCCGGUUAUCUUCAAUAGCGCAGGCAGGAUCAGCAACGCAGAACUGGUGAGGGCGAUUGUCGACGAGUUCAACAGAGCCCAGGCCACACAGGACGCAAAGUACAACGGCGCAAUCCGAGAGAUUCAAGGCGCGCACAUCGACCAGAUUAAGAAUAUCACCCAGAAAAUCAACGAAAAACACCAUGAANGAAACCGAAGGAAUCUUCAAAAACACCAGGAAGAAACCGAGAAGAUCGUUAAAAAGCACCACGAAGAAAUUAAGAAAAUCACCGAAAAACACCAGAAUGAACACCAGAAAUUUACAAAACAGGUUCAGGAACUCCAGAAGCAACUAGAGGACAGCAAGAUUAAAGAAAUGAACGAAGCGAUCUAUCGGAUGGAAGAACAGCUAACACAGCUGUCUAUCGCCGGAUCCGCGAGUCCCACGGCCACGACCAACUCGCCAUCGACUCAGCCCCGUAGGACAUGGUCUCAAGUCGCAAGCCAGAAAGGACCGAGUCUCCAGCACUCGGCUAGGACAGAGCUCCUCUCGGAGUCUGACACUAGUCAUAACGCCCAACCUCUAGCCAACGAAGGAAAGACCAUAGAGAUUGACAUCUCUAGGGCCCGCGGAGACAAAGACGACUUGAACAAGGUAAAAGGCAAAUGGAUUAAGGCUCUUCAAGAGAAUCCGAACACCGAGGACGUCGAGGUCGAAUUCCUCCGUGAGAUCUACACUAACAAAGUGGAACUUUGUCUGGCCACAGUCGAGCAAGCCCAGCGCACACGCGACAAUCCUAGAUGGAUUGAGAAAGCGAUGCCAGGAGCCCGCAUCCGCGGCGAGACCUGGUACCCAAUCAAGGUUGACGGCAUUUCGAAGAGUGUUGUACUCGACCCGGCCGGAGGACCGAAGACCCUAAAGCCAGAAAUUGUAGCCAACUUCGCGACCGACAAUAGUAAGGACAACAUCGACUGUACAGCUAUGAAGGCUGUCUGGAUCAGUAGACCAUCAGACAAGGUUAACGGGUCGAUGAUUGUAUGGCUAAAGAAANGAGAGGCAGCCGCCUAUCUGCUGAGGAAGAUGACCGUCAUCUUUGGACCCACAGCUGGAUUCGCGGCCCCGUAUGAGGCAAAGGAGAACAACGACCCGUGCUUCAACUGUAACAGCUACGGCCAUUACCAGUUCAGAUGCACCAAACCCGCCNAAUGCGGCCACUGCUCAGGGAACCACCAGAGCAGGGACUGUAUGGACAAAGGUAACCCUAAGUGUCCGGCGUGUAACGGACCCCAUUCUAUUAUGGAUAGGAGAUGCGUCGCCAACCCGAGACACAAGGAGGCAAGACAACAAGCACCUGAUACGNAGACCACAGGCGACUCAGUCCCCUAUUAG